CAAAGACUCUGAAUGUUAAAAAAGAGAAAGGACCCUUAUAAAGGAUCAUAUAUCCCGGUAAGUUCAGUCAGUCAUCGUUUAAUAUUGUGUCAUGUUUUUUAAGAUCAUAUGAAGUGAAAGUUUGAUUGAUGAUGAUCGUAAGUCAUUAAAGAGAUGUUAUAUAAAGGGAUAUUCCAUCUCUCUGUCACUCCCUCAUGAUUUGACAUCACAAUGUUGUGGAUUUUCUAGGUUAAUUGAUUAGUAAAUGUAUUUCCACUAUGCCCAUGUUUAGGCGAACUAGUCUUCUGUUAAAUUAGAAGAGAAAUAUGACUGAGUCCAUUUAUGAUUUAAAUAAUGCUUUCGUUGUGUUAUAUAUUGUGUUCACAGGGAACUGAAAUGUUUAGCUUGCAUACACUGUAAAUCACUUAAAAUUAAAGCAUCUGCUAAAUGUGAUAUUAAUGUAAUGUUCUCAGUGUUUCCAUAUAAAGGGAAGAUGUCAGUCUUUGAAAUGAGGGAGCGGAAGAGAUCUUCAUCUCCAGAAUCCAGCUGUGUGUCUCUGAAGAGCAAUCAAUCAAUGGAUCCUCCUGUUAAAUUCAGUGAAGGAGCAGUGACCUCUGACCCCAGUAUCUCCAGCAGGGGGAGUCAGAGAUCUUCAUCUCCAGAAGUCAGCUGUGUGUCUCUGAAGAGCAAUCAAUCCAUGGAUCCUCCUGUUAAAUUUAGUGAAGGAGCAGUGACCUCUGACCCCAGAGUCACCAUUAUGAAGAGUCAGAGAUCUUCAUAUCCAGAAGCCAGCUGUGUGUCUCUGAAGAGCAAUCAAUCAAUGGAUCCUCCUGUUAAAUUCAGUGAUGGAGCAGUUUGCUCUAACCCCAGUGUGAAUAGAGAUGAUCAGAUUGGAGUCCAGGAUUCUUCUCAACCAGUGAAUGAUGAACUACAGAGGUUCAAAGACCGACACAAAACCAGCAUGAAAUACAAGAAUGAAAGAUUAUUUGAGGGAAUGAAACUCCAGGAGAAUGAAACCCUCCUGAACAGGAUCUACACACAGCUCUAUAUCAUAGAUGGAGACAGUGAAGGAGUCAAUGAGGAACAUGAGUUUUUACAGAUGGACAAAAUGGCCAGAACACAACCCUCAAAAGAAACUCCAAUCGACUGCAAUGACAUCUUUAAAGCCUCACCUGAACCAGGAUGUGAGGAGAAACACCUAAUCAAGACUGUUCUAACUAAAGGCAUCGCUGGAAUCGGAAAAACCGUCUCUGUGCAGAAGUUCAUUCUAGACUGGGCCGAGGGAAAAGCCAAUCAAGAUGUAGAUUUCAUGUUUGUUUUUCCAUUUCGAGAGCUGAACUUGAUCCAAGAUCAUCAGUACAGUCUUCACAGACUUCUGCUGGACUUUCAUCCUGAAAUUCAAGAUCUGGAUUCAAAGAUUUAUGAGGAGUGUAAAGUUGUGUUCAUCUUUGAUGGUCUGGAUGAAAGCAGAAUCACACUGAUGUUUUCAGAUGAUGAGGAAGUUUCUGAUGUGACUGAGACUUCAUCAGUGGGUGUGUUGAUGUCAAACCUCAUGAAAGGAGAUCUGCUUCCCAAUGCUCUCAUCUGGAUCACCUCCAGACCAGCAGCAGCCAGUCAGAUCCCCUCCAAAUACAUCAACCGUCUGACAGAGAUUCAGGGAUUCAAUGAGCCUCAGAAGGAGGAAUAUAUCAGGAAGAGAAUCAGUGAAGAGCAUCAAGCCAGCAGAAUCAUCUCACACAUCAGAAGAACAAGUAGCCUCCGCAUCAUGUGCCACAUACCCGUCUUCUGCUGGAUCUCAUCCACUGUUCUUCAGAAGCUCCUGAAAGAAGAUCUCAGUGCAGAAAUCCCUCAAACUCUGACUGAAAUGUACAUCCACUUCCUGCUGAUUCAGAUCAACGUGAGGAAUCAGAAGUAUGAAGAGAGAGAUCCAGAGAAACUGCUGCAGUCCAACAGAGAAGUGAUUGUGAAACUUGCUGAAGUGGCUUUCAAACAGCUGAUGAAGGGCAAUGUGAUGUUCUAUGAGGAGGACCUGAGAGAGAGCCGCAUAGACGUCACUGACGCCUCAGUGUAUUCUGGGAUUUGCACUGAGAUCUUUAUGGAGGAAUCUGUGAUUCAUCAGACGAGAGUCUACAGCUUCAUUCAUCUGAGCUUUCAGGAGUUUCUCGCUGCUUUCUAUGUGUUUUACUGCUAUUUAACAAAGAACAAUGAACCACUGCAUGAAUUAAGAUGUUAUGGAUUUAAUCAAGCCUCUCUGGAUGAUUUACUAAGAUCAGCAGUAGAUAAAGCCCUCAAGAAUAGACGUCUGGAUCUGUUCCUGCGGUUCCUGCUGGGCGUCUCACUGGAGUCCAAUCAGAGACUCUUACAGGAUCUACUGACACACACAGAGAACAGCUCAGAGAGUAUCAGCAGAACCACACAGUACAUUAAAGAGAAGAUCAAAAAUCCAGAUGGUUUACAUGUGGUAUACUCAUUUGGUCAAUCCUGCAAUCUGUUCUUCUGUCUGCUGGAAGUGAAAGAUUAUACUCUGUCCAGAGACUUUGAUGAGUUUGUGAAAUCAGACAAACACUGCUUUAAUGCCGUACGCACUGUAAUCUCUAGUGCAGUCGUUUACUAUAUAAAAAAAGAGUUAGAUAGGUUGCGUUGCACCAGUAAGAAUUAAGGUACCCUUCCACGGAAUACCAUACGGGCACACGGCCUUCCUAGGAUUGACAUUUUGAAACACUUUCUUAACAUCAGUUAUGCUGACAUAGGGUACAGGGUGUCUGUAGAUUGUGGCUGUACAGGAAGCAUUAUAGAAAGUGUUCCCGGUUCCGGCUGACUUAAUUUAUGCAGCCUAAGGGGCUGUUCACACAGAACACGUUUUUCCAUUUUAAUGCGCUACUUUUCCAUUGUUUUUCUAUGUAAACGCUCUAAUAAGUAAGAUAUGAAAAACACAUCAAAUAAGAAUAUACUAUCAAAAACAAAUAAAUUAAAAAUUUCAAUAUACCCUGAACUUAGGCACAGGAUGUCCUGUUAAGUCAUGAAAAGGCGUCUGCAGAGUGCCAGUUGUCCAUCAGUACUAAUACUGGACCUGUACAGUAACACUUAGCGCACAUACAUAGAUGCACAUGAUUCACAGCUUCUUCAAGGUUAAAGUUGGCCCAGCUUUAACUAUAACAGGAAACAUUCCCAAAACAUACUGAUAAAUUACUUUUCUCUCAGUGAGAGGUACAGACAAUAUACAUAAUAAUUUAAUAUUUAGAAGGAUAAAAGUCGAGAGGAGGACGCCAUUGGUGGAGUGUUCCAAACAAAAGUUAACAACUGAAUCCCUUUACGAAGUCCUUGUGAUUAUUUUGAAUCUAGAUAUGGCAGAAGAGGUGGAGUUACUGUAUAAACAGAAUAAUUCAAGAUGUUUUCGUCAUGCAUUUUAUAAAGUUUAAAAAGUUUUUUAGCUUGGAUUUCGAAAAACCUGCAGUAAUCUGACAAGGAAAUGUGCGUACGUCUGCUCAGACCCUGACGUGACUCUAAGCAUGUCAAAGACCGUUUUUAGAAAUAUGAGCGUUGGCCUGGAUUUAAGCAUACACACACUCUAAGUUAAAAUCAAAACUGGCAAGGCUUUUACACAAAUUUUGUUUUUGAUUUUGUUGACCCCCUAGAGUGUUUAGGGAGUCUUUUGCACUUCCCUACUAAUAAUUGUGGGCAGUGAUGUUUGAUUCUGACCUCCUCUGGAGUGCAGUCACAUGAGGCAGCCAUGUGGUAGUGAAAAGGAGGACCACUAUUGGUCCUGAGACAGAAGAUGAGAGGGGUGGACUUGUGAGGUUGCACUGUGGGCAAGGGCAAUGGAGAUGGGAAUUAAGAGAUUCCCAAAGGGGGAUUUGAUUAAAUACUUUAUUUAUCCUAUAGAAAACAAUUGUAGAAUUAGUUUGUUUACUAUACUGUAAAAGCCAGAAGUGUUUUGAGGCCUCAUGGCCUACAUGACUGUUAUUACACUGGUCAAAUGUAUCUGAGAAGUUAGCUUGGCCAUUAAAGGGUUACCCAAAAAUGAAAAUUCUGUCAUUAAUUACUCACCCUCAUGUCGUUCCACACCCGUAAGACCUUCGUUCAUCUUCAGAACA